AACAGAAGCAUCAUGUCGCGAUUAUCCAACUCCCUAAAGGCGCUGAUCAACGCCCCAGCGGCGCGACCCAACACGGUCCCAGCCCCUCGCGACAUGAAGGCCGUGUACGCGAAAAUCCAGCAAAGCGCGCAAGCGAAUGGACUUUCGCAGCCCUCAUGGGUGGCACUAUCCGCAGCAACAACAAUAACAAUGAACUCACCCGAAUCCCUAACAAUCCUCUACGACCUAGCCACCACCACCACCACCACCACCACCACCACCACCGCCCCUUCACAAACCCCAAAUUCCGCCCUCGCAACCGCCGAACUAAUCCGCGAAGUCAGUCUAAAAUGCAUAAGCUUCAACGGCAUCCCGCGCACAAUAAACAGCCUGAACGCCUUCCGCGCCAGCCUUCCAGACAGUAUAACCACCCACCUCACGACAACACCCACACGCGAACCAACACCCGCCAACAUCGAGACCAUCAAAACCCGCGGCCGCGCCCUCUGGGACUCGGUCUACCGGCCCUUCGAAUCCAAGCUCUACAACAGGCUGGCCGCCGCGCACCCGGACCUGCCCGUGCACAUCCUGAACGCGAACUACGGGGCGAUACUGUCUGAUCCCGUGGACGUGGAGCGCGCCCCCGGGCAGCAGGUGGGGAGGGUGUUGACGUCUCUGGUGGCGGUAGCGUGCUUGCGGGCGCAGACGGGUGUCGGGCCGCAGGUUAUGUCGCAUGUUUUUGGGCUGAGGAAGGCGGUUGAGGAUGGGAGUUGGGUGGGGGAUAAUGAGAGCGUUGGGGGGAGGGCGGCGGCGGAGUGGUUGGCUAGUGAGGAGGGGAAUGUUUGGAUUCUGGAGAGUGUGGAUGCUAUUGUUGGGGCUAUUGGGGGGGUUGGGGGGUCGAAUUUUGCGGCUGCGGGGGCCAGGUUACACUCAGGUACCGUUCACCAGAGUGCUGGCCAUCUGUGA